CCCGUCAACAAUUAAAAGCAUCAAAUAAACACCAUGCCAAUAUUAAAAUCCAGAUAUAAAUUGUACGGGUUUUGUACGGGCAUAUUUAUUAUUGCAAUAACAACAAUAAUUGGCAUUUUAAUAGAAAAAUUUUCAGACAAAGACAUGGUUCAUUUGAAUGUACAGAUGUAUAUUAGUCUGAUAUCGUGUAUUUUCAUCGGGAUUUCAACACUCCAUUUGACAUGGAAUAUUUUUGUUGCCAUCUAUUUCCAUCGAAAUACUGGAAUUUGGUUGUUUAAUCUCAUAUUAUGGGAACUUAUUUUGAUGGUGAACUCCAUAACAGGAAAAAAUUAUUGGCUUAUUUCACUCGUUACCUUGAAUAUGGUAUUGAUAUUUCUUUUAAUGAUUUUCAUAUCAAAUUUUCAUGAUCAUUGGAAGGAAUGGAGAGAGGAGAAUUCCACGGAAUUAUACCUUUGGCAAGUAAUCUAUGGGCAAUCAAUAACUUCUAGGAACGUACAAAAUUACAGAAUUCCAUUAACAGGAUCGCUCAUAUUUCCUUCAUCUCACGCAUUUAUUUUAAACGACUAUGGAAGUGAUAACUACGAUUGGGAAUGGGAUUUUACAUAUUUUACAGAAAACGAAGAGUUUGCGUGGACAGUUUAUUCGCAGAGUUUAACAGGUUCAAUCGAUACACUUUAUUCUAAAGUCUUGGAAGAAUAUUAUGGGAAACUGAAUAAAAAGGAAGGAAAUAGUUUAACUUAUACUUGUAUGAACGAAACUAAUAUGGAUGAAGAAUGUAUUAGCCAUGAAAGUGUUGAAAAUGUUGUGAGUCCUACUAAUUCGGAUGACGGGAAUUCUGAAUCGAAAUAAAAUUUCAUGAAACAUUUGGUGUUUGUUAAAUCGUUAAUAUUUUGAAAUAAAAAAUGAGUUCAAUGAA